UUGAAAUUUAUGUUUCUUGAGUUUUGGUAAUUCCAUGUAUUUUCUACUGUAUUAUAAUGUUUUGGAUGUUACAGUCUGUAACUGUUGGUAUUUUUUAAAAAUUACUUUAAAUUGUACAGAUAUUUUUUACAGUGUACACAUUGUCUAAAAACGACAAUUCCUCCUCAUCUGUAUGAAGCGGAACAGAUCGCCUGGACCGCUUCCCUGUGCAUGCGCACACAGUCAGCUGACUGAUCAGCAGCUGAUCUAAUGAUACAGAAACUGAAAGUUUUCUAUCAGUUUUGGUCUCCAUUUUGUGACCCAGACGUCUCAGCAGCAGAUCCAACUCACUGAAAUCCAGAAGAUGGAAGAUUUGGACCUAAAGGAGGACAGAGCAGAACCUGCAGGAUCCGUCUGUCCCUCUGUGAGGAGUGACUGGUCCAACGAUGAACCUCCAGACUUCAGUAAUGAACCUGGACCCUCAGACAGGAAAGGGAGGAAGAGGAGCAGCRUUGGUSAGGAGGAGCAGCCGUCCUGCUGUGCUUUGUGUCAGGAGGUUCUGGUGGAUCCAGUCUCUACCAGCUGUGGACACUGGUUCUGCAGACAGUGCAUCAGGUCCUGCUGGGACCAGUCUGCUCCAUCUGGACCCUCCUCCUGCCCCCAGUGUGGAGAAAGACCCAGAACAGGAGCUGGACUGCUGACAGCCAAUCAGAGCAGCUGUGCUCCAGAUAUCCAUCUGCAGGAGGUUCUAGAGAAGCAUAAGAUCAGUCUGAAGAGGAGAUGUGAAUGUGUGGCUGAAGGAAGUGAUGUAACAGGAAGUAGAACUCUCCUCAACAGGAUCUACACUGAUCUCUACAUCACAGAGGGUCAGAGUGACAUAGUUAAUACUCAGCAUGAGGUCAUGCAACUGGAGAGAGCUUCCAAGAUCCGGAACUUUCAUGACUCUCCAAUCAGGUGCCAUGACAUCUUCAAAUCCUUCCCUGACCAACAUGGAGCCAUUAGAGUGGUUCUGACCAACGGCGUUGCUGGUGUUGGAAAAACCUUCUCAGUGCAGAAGUUCACUCUGGACUGGGCCGAGGGCUUGGAGAACCAAGAUGUCAGUGUGGUGGUUCUGCUGUCGUUCAGGGAGCUGAACCUGAUCAGAGAUCAGCAGCACAGUCUUCUCUCACUGCUCCAUGUUUUCCAUCCAACACUCCAGGAGCUCCCAGCAGAGCAGCUGGCUGUCUGCAAACUGCUCUUCAUCUUUGAUGGCCUGGAUGAAAGCAGACUUUCACUGGACUUCAGCAACAGUCAGCUUGUUUCUGACGUCACACAGAAGUCUUCAGUCAAUGUUCUGCUGACAAACCUCAUAAGGGGGAACCUGCUUCCCUCGGCUCUCAUCUGGAUAACUACCAGACCUGCAGCGGCCAAUCAGAUCCCUGCUUCAUGUGUUUCCAGGGUGACAGAAGUACGAGGCUUCGCUGAUGCCCAGAUGGAGGAGUACUUCAGGAGGAGGUUCAGUGAUGAAGAGCUGUCCAGCAGAAUCAUCUCCCACAUCCAGACCUGCAGGAGCCUCCACAUCAUGUGUGGAAUCCCAGUCUUUUGCUGGAUCACUGCUAAGGUUCUGGAGAACAUGUUGACCUCAGAGCAGAGAGGAGAGCUGCCCAAGACCAUGACUGACAUGUACUCGCACUUCAUGCUGGUCCAGACAAAGAGGAAGAAGAACAAGUACCAUAGAGGACAUGAGACAAGUCCACAGGAGCUGAUGGAGGCUGACAGGGAAGUUCUUCUGAAGCUGGGGAGGCUGGCGUUUGAACAUCUGGAAAAAGGAAACAUCAUGUUCUACCAAGAAGACCUGGAGCAGUGUGGUUUGGAUGUCACAGAGGCCUCAGUGUACUCAGGUCUUUGUACAGAGAUCUUCAAAAGAGAGAAUCUAAUCUUCCAGAAACCAGUUUACUGCUUUGUUCAUCUGAGCAUCCAGGAGUUUCUGGCUGCAGUUUACAUGAUCCACUGUUUCAACAAAAAGAACACGGGAGUGUUGAAAAAAUUUCUGGGUAAAAAGUACAGUUACUCAUCUGUGGAUGACUCUGCUGAUAAACGCGUGUUCAAAUCUCUAAGGCAUAAAAUUAUACCCUUAAACAAAGUUGAAAGYCACUCAUCUUUGCAUUACUUUCUGAAACGAGUCAUGGAGAAAUCUCUGAAAAGUAAAAAUGGCCACCUGGAUAUGAUGGUUCGCUUUCUUCAUGGUCUAUCCAUAGAGUCCAACCAGAGACUUCUAGAAGAUUUGCUUGGACAGACAAAGUACAGCCCUGAAACUAUCCAGAAAGUCAUCAACAAUCUUAAGGAGAUCAGUGUGUACCUGCGUGAGACCAACACUUCUGGGAUUCAACAGAAGAUGAAGAGAUCUAAUCUCUCUCCAGACAGAAACAUUAACAUCUUUCAUUGUCUGACAGAGAUGAAGCACAUCUCAGUUCAUCUGGAGAUUCAAGAGUUCAUGAAAUCAGAGAACAGAUCAGAGCAGAGACUCUCAGAAAUCCAAUGCUCAGGUCUGGCCUACUUCCUGCAAAUGUCAGAGGAAGUUCUUGAUGAACUGGACCUCAAGAAAUACAACACAACAAAGGAGGGACAAUGGAGACUCUUUCCUGUUGUGAGGAACUGCAGAAAAUUCCGAGUUGUUCAGUGUGAACUCKCAAAGCCUCACUGUGAAGUCGUGGCUUCRGCUCUGAAAUCCAACCCAUCCCAUCUGAGAGGUCUGGAYCUGAGUUGGAACAGAAUARGAGAUUCUGGAGUGGUCCAUCUGCGUGCUGGGCUGGAGAGUCCAAACUGUAGACUGGAGGUCCUGAGACUGAUAAACUGCAGGCUGUCGGAGAUAAGCUGGGUUUCACUGAUUUGUGCUCUGAAAUCCAACCCUUCAUAUCUAAUUGAACUGGAUCUGAGUGAGAACAAAGACCUGGGAGAUGCUGCAGUGGAAGAGCUCUGUGGCCUUCUGACGCAUGCUCACUGCAGACUGAGUACUUUGAGAUUGAUGGACUGCAGUUUGUCAGAGAUCAGCUGUUCUUCUCUGGCCUCAGCUCUGAAGUCCAACCAACAUCUGACUGAACUGGACCUGAGAGGAAACAACCUGAAAGAUUCAGACGUUCAGCAGCUGGAACGUUUUGUAAAGGAUGUUCAGACGUCCAGCUGGACUCCAGCGUCCAGCCGUCCAGCAUGUCUAGAGACAGUGGUCCUCAUUCAUCAAACUGUGACUUGAGUGGAACCUGCAGAGGAAGCAGACUGGAUGCUGAAAGUGUGUGUAGGUGGAGGUCACCAUCUCUGUAAAGUAGAGAAUCGUCUCUGUUUCCUGCUGAUCCUCAGAAGCUGCAGCAGUUUGAGUCUAAAGAGACUCUGACUGGAUCAUGAUGACCUUUGACCUGAAUGGUUUCCAUCCUGUUUAUUUCCUCCUGUCUGUCAUUUUGUAUCUGAUGUUGUUUUUCUCUUUGGAUGGAUGAAGAUGAAAUUGUAACUCGGCUCCAUUUCGAGGCUUCAUGGAGUUUUGAUCUGAACUUGAUUCAGUUUUUAAA